UGUGACCUUUUUGUUAUCAUAUAAAAAUCGAUACCGGAAGAAGCGAGCUGGGAAAAUUUACUUCUAUUCAAAAUAUUUUUUGUCCGUAAAUGGCUGGUUUGCCUCCGUUUGAACUUUUUUCACUGAUUUCCAACGUUCUCUUAGCGGUUUUGACUGCAACAACCAAAUCGGAGUUUUGCGGAAGCUAUUUUGAAGCUCACGUCGACCAUGCGUUAGUUGGUCACGUCAUGGGAAGAAGUACUGUCACCAGUGAUUUUGAAUGUCUGCAAAAAUGCAUUAGAAAAAUCAGUUGCAAAUCCUGCAAUGUUCACCUAAAUGGUACAUACACGAGUCGUAUCUGUGAGCUGAAAAACCAAACGCAACACAUGAAGUCAAGUGAUCUCAUGCGCAAAGAAGGAUCCACUUAUUAUGGCAUCGUUCAGCACAUGUUACAGGUCUCUUGCAAUCCUGGCUUCCACGAGGAUAAUACGACCAAAAACGUCACGUCCAGCCAUGAAGGAAGCUUAGCACCUGUUCUUGGCUGGAAUUCCAGUUUACCUGCUCAAUCUUGCAAACACAUACGGGAUGUUGGUGGAUCUAAAGGGAACGGGGAGUACUGGAUCGACCCAGGGAGCAGUGGAAACCCUUUAAAGGUGUACUGUGACAUGACAACUGAUGAAGGAGGUUGGCUUCUGAUAUACAACGUUAUAAUAGAUAAUUCGCGACCCCCGACCAGUUUGGACGUUGAGACGUCCUACACAGGAAUUAAUCGUUACAAGAACGGUAAGAUGGUUAUUUCACCUGACGGUUUGCGACAACUAAGAAAAAACUUUUCUUUCACUCAGCUGAGAUUUCACUGCCGUAAACAGUACCAUGGAAGAACAUUUCAUGUAAAAACGGCCGCUAACAGCUCUGGUCAGGCUGUGGUCAGGUUCUUUAGCGGUGAUACCGACGUUUUUCCCGAAGCCUGUGGUUCAUUUGAGAAACUGCAGGGAGACAACUCAGAGCUCGCAAGUAGAUGCGCAGAAUGGGGGAAGGAAAAGAACGCGUAUUAUGUUGGAAAAUGGGGACAUGAAGGACAUAAGGAGCUGCAUAUAAAUUCAGCAUUCAUUUUGAGUACCUACCAUUGGAUCACUUCACCAGAUCAUGACAGAUGGGAAUGUGAUGAUGUUUUGGCGAAACAUAUGUCAAAUGGUGACUUCUGGAAAAUUUAUGUCCGUUGAUAAAUUCUGCUGUAACUACAUUCUAAGACAUUACUAUUUACUUUUGGAACUCUACAAUUCGAUUUUACGAUAUGAGGAGUUAAGCACUUUGCUGCAUGGUUGAGAGUACAUUAUCUUUCAAAAUUCCUGUCCAAUAGGAUUAGGCUUCGUAACGUUAAUUCAGGAGAAAGUUAGUAAAGUUGGACAUUGUAAUGUUCUACGGGUACUGAAAGUUGUAACUUGUAAAUUUCUCUUGUAACUUUAUUCAAUAGCUUGAUUAUCAUGCAUUGGUUUUAAUAAUUAAAUGUUUUGAGAAUUUUUCGGCAGGCUAUGGUAUGGAUGAAUGUAAAAAUCUUGUUUAUCAUUAAUCAUUUAAACACUUUGUUUAGAACUUGGACUAUGCGGAGCUACUAAGAAUUAACAAACCGAAGAUAUUUUAAAAGGGGCUUAUUUGAGGGGCUAAUUAUUCGUGAGCACACCGAUGGAAAAAUAGGAAAAAAUGAGGAAGUCUUAACAAGCACUUGAUCGCACAUGUGAUUAACUUAUAGAUUCCCCUUACUUCAUCGACACAUUGUCAAAGGAACAGCUGAUAACAAUAAACCACGCUGUCAAUUGGUGGUAGCUAUAUCUUGAUGUGAUGUCAAAUUCUCUUUAUCAUUAUUCAACAGUACUUGGCAGAGUACAAAUAACGCCUUAGACAAGUACAAGUAUCACGCAAUAUUUGUACUCCAGAAAUAUCUGCGAAAUUCGUCCGCACUGUAAUGACAAUUUUACGUGGAUGAUAAAUGUCUUAUUAGACGUUUUGUUGUGUAGUAUACUGAGUUAUCUGUAUUUGACGAGCCCGGGCUCGUUAAAAUACGGCACAACUCGUAAA